AUGUUUCUUCUCUUCCUUUCUUCUUAUUUCAUUUCUUUUUCUUUCCUUACUUGCUGCUUUCUUUUUUUUAUUUCUCCCUUCUUUCUUCCCUACCACUCUGCUUUUGUUUCUUUCUUUCACCAAUCUUUCCUUUUUAACUCCCUUCCAUUUUCUUUCUUCUUUUCUGUGUUCUUUUUCUUCUUCUGUCCUCUUUUUUCUUUUGCUUUCUUUCCUUUUAAAUCCAUUCGUUUUUUCUUUCUUCUUUUUCCUUUCUUUUCUUUUUACCACAUCCAGGUCUCCUUCCUCCCGUCUCUUUUUAAUACUUUCCUUUUGUUUUUUUGUCUCUAUUCCUUUUCUUUUUUUCAACCAUUCACUUCCUUUUACUUCAUUCCGCCAUUUUUACUUAUUCUGUUCCUUCAGUUUUUCUUUAUUUCUUCCCUUUUGUCUUUUUUCUUUCCUCUAUUCUUACAUUAUCCAUCGUCCCUAAUCUCCUUCUGUCGUUUUUCCUUCCUUCCUUCCUUCAUUUCAUUAUCAAUAUAUCUCCACUUCCUUUGCUUUUCUUCUUGUCUUUUUUCUUCUUUGUUUUCUUCUUACUUUCCUUCUUUCUAUUCUCGACGUAUCCUUCCUUCCUUCCUUCCUUCCUUUUCUUCUUGCCUGUUUCCUUUGUUCGUUCUUUCUUUUCUUCUUGGCCCUUUCUUUUGCCUUUCUGACAUUGUUUCUUUCUUCCUUUUUUCCUUCAUUCCAUUCCUGACACAUCUACACUUCUCUUGCUUUUCUUCUUAUCUUUCUUUUUUUUUCUUUCUUUCUUCUUUGAUUCUUCUUUCUAUUCUCCGCAUAUCCUUCCUUCCUUCCUUUCUUCCUUCCUUCCUUUCUUCCUUCCUUCCUUCCUUCCUUCCUUUCUUCCUUCCUUCCUUUCUUCCUUCCUUCCUUCCUUCCUUCCUUCCUUCUUCAUGUUUUUCCAAGUUCUCUUUUCUCACUUCUUCAUUUACUUACAAAAAUAAUUAUUUCCUUCAUUUCUCUUUCACUUUACUUCAAACACAUUACUUCCUUAAUUCAUUGAUUCUUUCUUUCUUUCUUCGCCCAUUUCUACAUUCCUAUAAUAUGUCUCUCUCUUCCUUAUUUUUUCUUCUUUCCUAA